AUGGCUCGCAGGAGACGAGGCCGUGGCGGCAAUGGACAGCACCAUCAACAGGCCGCGCACAAUCAAAGAGGAGGCCCUCGCAGGACUCCACGGGAGCCAGCAGAUUUUGCCAAGUCUACAGGUUUUGAAUCUGAUAUCUCACAUGACAAGCUCACCAUUGCUCAAGCACGGAGGGGGACACCAGCUAACCGCCCCGUGAGAGUCUACGCUGAUGGAAUCUUUGAUCUUUUCCAUUCGGGACAUGCUCGAGCUCUGAUGCAGGCAAAGAAUGUGUUCCCAAACACUCACCUUAUAGUAGGAGUGUGCAGCGAUGAACUCACUCACAAGUUUAAGGGCUAUACUGUGAUGACAGAGGACGAACGCUACGAAGCCCUCAGGCACUGCCGUUACGUUGACGAGGUAGUGCGGGAUGCUCCCUGGAGUCUUACACCAGAAUUCCUCAAGAAACAUAAGAUCGACUUUGUGGCCCAUGAUGAUAUACCUUACACCUCCGCUGGAUCAGAGGACGUCUACAAACACAUCAAGGAAGCAGGAAUGUUUGUGGCCACUCAGAGGACGGAGGGCAUCUCCACAUCCGAUCUGAUCACUCGUAUCGUUCGUAAUUACGACAUGUAUGUCAGACGCAACCUGCAAAGAGGCUACACAGCCCGUGAACUAAAUGUCGGCUUCAUUAAUGAGAAAAAGUACCGGCUCCAGAACCAGGUGGACAAGAUGAAAGAGACAGUCCGUACGGUGGAGGAAAAGUCGAAACAUUUUGUCUACAGGGUGGAAGAGAAGAGCCAGGACCUCAUCCACAAAUGGGAAGAGAAGUCACGAGAAUUCAUUGGCAACUUUCUGGAGCUUUUCGGACCAGAUGGAGCAUGGCAUGCAAUUCAGGAGAGAAGUGGCCGUAUGCUCCAGGCCCUGUCACCCUACUCUUCACCUCGUGGCUCGCCAAGCAGCAGUCCCACCAGAAGACGCUCAGUUUCUUCUGACUCCACCCCCUCUUCUGCAACUGCCUCCCCACCUUCCUCUCCAUCUUCCCACUCUUCAACCAAAAAGGGGAGACGUUCACGCUCGUCGCCGAAAGUUGCCUCUACAAACAGCAAGCAUGCACAAUGA